CACAGCCCGUGCCCGACACAGCUCCUGACACUCUGCCAUGGCUCUCAAUCUGAACAAGCUCAAGCUCGACUCUGUCGACGUGGCGGGCAAGCGCGUCUUCAUCCGCGUCGACUUCAACGUGCCGCAGGACAAGGCCGACCCCACCAUCAUCACCAACACCGCUCGCAUUGAGGGCGCGCUUCCCUCGAUCAAGUACUGCCUCGAGAAGGGCGCCAAGUCGGUCGUCCUCGCGUCCCACCUCGGCCGGCCCGACGGCAACGUCGUGCCCAAGUUCACGCUCGCGCCGGUUGCCAAGGCGCUCGAGAAGCUCAUCGAAAAGCCGGUGACCUUCCUCACGGACUGCUGCGGCGAGGAGGUCGAGGCGGCGUGCGCGGACCCGGCCCCCGGCUCGGUCAUCCUGCUCGAGAAUGUGCGCUUCCACCUCGAGGAGGAGGGCAAGGGCGUCGACGCGGCGGGCGAGAAGGUCAAGGCGGAGAAGGAUAAGGUCGCCGCCUUCCGCGCGAGUCUGUGCAAGCUGGCCGACGUGUACUGCUGCGACGCGUUCGGCACGGCGCACCGCGCCCACUCCUCGAUGGUGGGCGAGGGCUUCGCUGUCAAGUGCGCGGGCUUCCUCGUGAAGAAGGAGCUCGAGGCGUUCUCGAUGGUGCUGGGCGCGCCGAAGCGGCCCCUCGUCGGGAUCAUCGGCGGCGCGAAGGUCAAGGACAAGAUCAUCGUGCUGGAGGCGCUGCUGGAGAAGGUCGACAAGCUGAUCGUCGGCGGCGGGAUGGCCUACUCCUUCCUCAAGAUUAUGGAGGACAUGAAGAUCGGCGGCUCGAUCUACGACAAGUCGGCGCCCGAGGUCGUGCCUCGCAUCCUCGAGAAGGCCAAGGCAAACAACGUGGAGAUCAUUCUGCCGGUCGACUUCAUCUGCGGCAACAAGUUCUCGGAGGAGAGCGAGGUCAAGGGGCCGGUCUCAAAGGCAGAGGGCAUCCCGGACGGCUGGGAGGGCUUCGACUGCGGCCCGGAGUCGAACAAGCUGAACGCGGAGACGAUCAAGGGCGCGUCGACGGUCAUCUGGAACGGACCGCUCGGCGUCUUUGAGAUCUCGCACUUCCAGGGCGGCACCAAGGCGGCGAUGGACGCGAUGGUCGAGGCGACCAAGGCGGGCGUGACCACCGUGAUCGGCGGCGGCGACACCGCCACCGCCGCCGCGACGUGGGAGUGCGUGGACAAGGUGACCUUCGUGUCCACCGGCGGCGGCGCCUCGCUCGAGCUUCUCGAGGGCAAGGUGCUGCCCGGCGUCGCGGCGCUCGACGACGCCUAGAGCGGCGCUUUCCUCCUCCCCUCUUCCCCUUGCGCUUUUGGGCCACUUCGUGGUCCGCGUGGCCAGGUCGCGGUUCGACAGUUCGGAUUCCUCUCGAUACACUCGAUUCUCUCGCAGUCAAAUACACACAACCGGUGUACGUGAUGCGCAAAUGGCCCGUCCUAUUUAUUUCUCUCUCUUCUUGUGAGUCGACUCUCGCAGACAGACUAGAGGGUGCGAGGUACAAGCGGUACAAGGUAAGGUAAAUUUCUCC